AUGCAGCCCGCCCAAACCAACCAAGAGCUGGAGGAUAUCUUCAGGGAGCUUGGCAUUUCUCAGUAUCUCGACACGUUUGUGGAGCAAGGCUUUGAUACUUGGGAAACCAUUCUCGACAUUCAAGAGUCUGAUCUUGAUGCUUUAGGUGUCAAAUUAGGACAUCGAAGAAGACUUCAGCGGCGAAUUGCCAACGCAAGGGGCAUCGAUCCCAACAUCGCACUCUUAUCAAUAAAAUCUAACCCAGAAGAAUCAAAACAUGAUGGGGUUAAUAAAAAGAGAGAUCCUCCUAAUCAAAGUGGCGAUAGUGUCGUGACGAAGCGCAAAUACCGCCGACAUCCGAAGCCAGAUGAGAAUGCGCCUGAACGACCCAUGUCCGCGUAUGUACUCUUCUCAAAUAAGUUGAGAGAAACCUUGAAAGGUGAUCGCAGUCUCUCAUUCACCGAAAUAGCGAAGCUGGUCGGGGAACAUUGGCAGAGCCUUCCAUUAUCCGAGAGGGAGGUAUAUGAAGCCCAAGCAAGGGCGAGCAAAGACCGAUACUACCGAGAGAUAACAAUCUACAAGCAGACAGAGGAAUUCCGCAGGUAUAAUCUUUACCUCGAUGAAUUCAAUGAGAAGCAGGCCAAACUCAAUCAAGGCCAAGAUGAUGCGAAACGAGCAAGAUUGGAGAAACACGAGCUUUCGCACGGGAGUAGCAGUGCUGGAAGCAGUACCGUGGGCAGCAGCACGGCUCUGGGUGGCUCAACCUCAACUGCUAGUGGCAGUAGCAGUGAGAGAAUGCGUAAAAGUGAAUCUCGGGAGCGUCCGAGCCUUCGGCACAACAGCGCAAACUCGAUCUUGUCUGCUGCGGAAUCGCAGCAUUCCUCAGCAGGCUCGGUGCCAUCCCCAGCGACGGCACAAUUUGACGUUGACAUUUCCACGAGAAACAAAUCACAACACUUGCGGCGAGGCUCCUCGUCAUUAAGAGGAUUGACGCACCAAGCCGAUGUACCACAGCCAUACCUUCCAUCACUUUCCGAUAUGCUGGCCCCCGGACAAGGGAAAAUAGGCGUCCCGGUGGCUGAGAAUGCUGUAUUUAUGCAUGGUUUUGCAACUAAUCCCAGAAUACCCAUCUCACACGGAACACACGUGCUGCCACUCGCUCCAGUACCGCCCCUCUAUCAUGAGACAUCGUCCAGUGGCAGUAGUGUGCCGACGACAUCGUCGGGCAGAGUUAGUCGUAAAUUGAGCGAUGGCCAUCUGCCAAUCCAUGCGCUCUUGUCAGACCACGACCAACAUCCCCAGCACAUCGAUGAGAGCCCGUCGUAUACGACUAGCUACGUUGCUAGUCCAAUUGAGCGAGGGAGGCCAACCUUUGGACAAUUCCAGGGUCCUAAGGGAUACGGUUUUCAGACUGCUUCCUCAGCUUUUCAGCACAUGAAGGUCGAGGAGACAAGCGAUGGCGAUGUGCUGAUGACUUCAGCAGACGCACCGCCUGCCAGCUCCAACACCAUUGCCGUAAGUGGGCUCGAUGGGGUGAACGCUUUAUUAAAGGCCGGUGAGAUGUUCGGCCAUCAGGGCCAUGGUUAA